AACCUUUUACCCGCAAGAUUGGACAAUAAAAGUUUUAUAGAGGUUUACCAUAAUGGGGAAUGGCAGGGAAUUUGUCCGACGGAUUAUAGUGAACAAAUGGGAAUGUUUGUUUGUCAAAACCUAGGAUUUAACAGAAGUCAUGUGUUUGCUAAGGAAUUAUCACCUAAUAUAUCUGAUACAACGGCCCUUCCAUUUAUCUUAAAUUGUAUUGGAAAUGAAACAUUUUUAGCCGAGUGUCCAACGGAUAACGGAAAGAAAACAUGCCCUAUACGUGAGAGAUCAAGACUUGCAUGCUUGAAUGGUACCGUGGAAGAAACAAUUUCUGUAUCCUGCUCUGAUAAUAGUUUUGGAGUCACUGUCGAUUUAGAUAGAUUGAGAAUGUUAUUUCCUGAUUUGGUAAAUAACGAUAUUUUACUUGGUGGAACUUGUACUGGAAGACUUGAUGGUCACAAGCUAGUGUUUGAUCAGAAUUUCGACCUUUGCUCAACUAGAUCAAAAGAGGCUGAUAACCAAACAUUGAUGUUUACAAAUACUUUGGUGUCCCUUCAUGUUAAUCCAGAUGGUAUCAUCAGACACUUCCUUUGGGCUGUAGAUCUCCAGUGUCUCGUUUCCCGUAAUGAAUCUACAGAGAUCUCGUACAUCCCAGUAGAAUCAAACCACGUGCAUCACUUAGGUAGCUCUUCACAUUUCAUAGUCAAAAUCAACCUGUUCAGUGAUGCUCUUUUUCAUCAUCCACUGCAAGAUGUAUCUACUGAGGCAAUUGUUGGUAGUGAGAUCUUUGUCCAAGUACAAAGUCCAAAUAUAGUUGGUCUCAGAAUGAUUGUUGAAAACUGUUACGCCAAGCCUAAUCACGGUGCUGAUAAGCAAAACUCAUUUUCUCUUAUUGAAAACGGAUGUGAAGUAGAUACAGAGACACACAUAACAAGAUAUGCUGACACCGAAACACGUUUCUUUUUUACUGCUUUCGCUUUUCCUACUGGUGAUAGGAUUGUAGCCGUCCACUGUGACAUCCGAUAUUGUAGUACCGCCAUAUCAAGCAGAUCAACCUGUCGUCAUGGCUGUCAUUCAGGGCCGGGUAUCAUAGGACGAUAAUAAAUAUUCUUGACUUGGUAUGGCGUGCGUUGAACAUGUAACACUGUUUGAUAAUUGUCAAUAAAUAUAUAAAACAAA